AUAUGUGGGAGCGUAUAUGCAGAGAUGUGCACUCCGCCUCUUUCCGUCGCAGCUCUGAGCUCCUCUCUGAAGCUUCUGCGACUUCCUCUCUCAUUCCCCGUCGUUCUUUAGGGUUCUAGUUCUUGCCGCUCCAACACCGUCAUCGAUUGGAGAGUGGAGGGUAAUCUCUCUCCAUUGUUCCGUCUCUCAAAGUCUCUUAGCAUUCGAUGGUAUUUCGAGAAAUCUACAACGCCGAAGAAGCAUUACGGAGUAUAUCCAUGGCCACUGCACCUGUGAAAUCUCAGCCUUUGCACAAUUUCUCGCUGCCGUUCUUGAAAUGGGGGAAGAAUCAGAUGAACAAUUACCGCUGCCGUAAACUCGUCGAUCCUUCUAGAGAUUCUCCGCCGCCCGACCACCGAUCUUCGCCCUCUGAAGCGGAAUCUGAAACUGCUGCUGCUUCUAGCUACAAAAAGGAUUCCGAGGCCGAGAAUCGGAAGUACCCAAUUGGAUCACGGAGUUCUAAGAAUCGCUUCGGUUUCUCCUCUUCUGCUGCCUCUACGACGGAAAAGUUACUGAAGAAUACGGCGGCUUCCGAAGCCGAUGCUGUUGGACUGGAGGAGUCUAAGGGAAAGCUCUUCAUCCGUUUCAGUAGGAGUAGUAAGGAAGAGCCCGCAUCGAAGAACAAAGGUGCUGCUGUUGCUGCUGAUUGUGGAGGUGAAGUAGGGGGAGAAGUGGAGGAAUCGGCGCUGAAGCCUUGGAAUCUAAGGCCGAGAAGAGCUGUCUUCAAGGCUCCGAUUGAAAUCGGCGGACCUUCAAAGAAUGGAGAUUCGCUAGAUGACCUUCCUCCGAUGCCGCAGCCGGAACAUCUACCAAAAUCUCUUCGGUUAAGAGGUUUUGCUGAAGUUCAGAAUGUAGAGAAGAAAGAGAAACGUCAGUUCUCGAUCUCGCUUUCUCGCGGGGAGAUUGAAGAGGAUAUCUUCGCCUUGACUGGGUCCAAGCCAUCUCGGAGGCCGAAAAAGAGACCAAAGAAUGUACAGAAACAAGUGGAUAAUGUUUUCCCUGGUAUGUGGUUGUCGGAGAUUACUGCGGAUUCAUACAAAGUUCCGGAUGCUCCUACCAAGAGGUAGAUAAGAUCUCUAGUGAAGAAAGAGUUUUGAUUCUUGGAAGUCUCUUGAAUUUUGGAGGCUGAUGUCCUCUACAUGGAGACCUCUAGUGGAGGUAUAGUACCAUAAAUCUGUAGAGAAGAAAAAAAAAUCCGUGAAAUAAUAUAUAAAUAUUGUGCUCUCUGUUUAGUUUGUAAGUCGUUGGCUGAGGAGUGUAGCUGUUUUCUUUCUUGCUAGUAGCGUCAGAUGUAUAUAACAGAUUGAUUAAUAGCAAGAAUGUUGUCUUGUUCAAUGCUCCA